GGGAUGGACCUGGGGCCGCUGCGGAAGAGCUACCGGGGGGACGCGGAGGCCUUCGAGGAGCAGCACUUGGCCUCCCGCGACCCCAUCCGGCAGUUUGGGGUCUGGUUCGAGGAGGCCAUGGGGUGCCCGGCCGUCGGGGAGGCGAACGCCAUGUGCUUGGCCACCUGCACCAGGGACGGGAAGCCCUCGGCCCGCAUGGUGCUGCUGAAGGGCUUCGGGCAGGAUGGCUUCCGCUUCUUCACCAACCACGAGAGCCGCAAGGGGAAGGAGCUGGACGCCAACCCUUUCGCUUCGCUCGUCUUUUACUGGGAGCCCCUCAACCGGCAGGUACGGAUUGAGGGCUCGGUGAAGCGGCUGUCAGAGGAGGAAUCGGAGCGGUACUUCCAUUCCCGCCCAAAGAGCAGCCAGAUCGGGGCCGUCGUCAGCCAGCAGAGCACCGUCAUUCCGGACAGGGAGUAUUUAAGGAAGAAGAACGCGGAGCUGGAGGAGCGGUACAGGGAGACGACGGUGCCGAAACCAGCGUACUGGGGGGGCUACAUCCUGCAGCCAGACGUCAUGGAGUUCUGGCAGGGCCAAACCAACCGCCUGCACGACCGCAUCGUCUUCCGACGCCUGCGGGACUGCUCGGCCCCCCUGGGAGACAUGACACACCAGGGAGAGGGCGAAUGGGUCUUUGAGCGCUUCGCCCCGUGAGACUGCCAGCGUCUCCGGCUGCGUUCGCCCGAUCGGGAGCGUCACCCGUGCCAAAGCUGCCCGCCUGUCCCGCAUCGUGCCCCGGGGAACGGGGCUGGCCUCGCUCUGCCCUGCCCUGGGAGACACGUGCUGAGCUCCGGGGUGCUGGUCCAGCCCCAGAGACUCUCAUCUCCCUUUGCUUCUCCCUUGGGUGGGCGAGAGCCGCAGGUCCCACGGACCAUCUGCUUCCCCCUGCCAGCACGUGGGGAGUGAGCGCUCCCAGUGCUGCUGGUGCUUAAUUAAUCAUGUUAAUGAUCGUGGAGGGACCAAGAAAGACCCCAGCGAACCCCCUGCCCGUGCCCUGCCACUGCCACCGCUUGUGCCUCGUGUUUUAGCUCGAAGUGUGCAAUGUGCUCCAUCUGUGCGAUAACUUACUGAAUUGUGGCUUUAAUGUCAGCAGUCUGUGCAAUAAGUUAUUUAAUUGCAGCUUUAAAGUCACCACUGUGUCACCGGUGUUUGUGGCUGGCUGUGUGUGUUGCCACCAGCGCACCCCAUCUCCCCGGGGCCGUGGGACCCCAACCCUGCUUGUUCAGGGGGGGCUGAGCUGGUGCUGCUCCCUGUCCCCCCCCCCAGCUGCCUGUCUGAGCAUGGAAAAAAUAAAUCCCGAUCGGCACAGA